AUGGCCAGCACAGCAGUCCAGCUCCUGGGUUUCUUACUCAGCUUCUUGGGGAUGAUUGGUACCUUGAUAACCACCAUCUUGCCUCACUGGAGAAGAACAGCUCACGUAGGCACCAACAUUUUGACAGCUGUGUCGUACCUAAAGGGACUUUGGAUGGAGUGUGUUUGGCACAGCACUGGCAUCUAUCAGUGCCAGAUCUACCGGUCUCUGUUGGCCUUGCCCCGUGACCUGCAGGCAUCUCGUGCCUUGAUGGUCAUCUCCUGCCUACUCUCUGUCAUUGCCUCCACUUGUGCUGUUAUUGGCAUGAAGUGUACCAAGUGUGCUAAAGGCACCCCUGUCAAGAACACCUUUGCUGUCUCUGGAGGAGUCCUCUUUAUCUUGGCAGGUCUACUAUGCAUGGUGGCUGUCUCCUGGACAACCAAUGAUGUGGUAGAAAAUUUCUACAACCCGUUGCUACCAAGUAGCAUGAAAUAUGAGCUUGGGCAAGCCCUGUACCUGGGCUUCAUUUCAUCAUCAUUGUCCCUUAUUGGCGGGACUCUACUCUGUAUGUCAUGCCAGGAAGAUGAAUCAUACUCAGAUUACCAGACACAGUCCAGAAUGGCAACAGCACCUCCAUACCAGCCUCCCACUGCUUACAAGGACAAUCGUGUUCCCUCAGUGGCAUCAGCUUCCCACAGUGGUUAUAGACUGAAUGACUAUGUAUGA